UCAAAUUUAGUGUAAAGUUGAUCCUGAAAAGGAGGGAUGCCUUUGGAACUAAUGAUUAUGCCGAAGCGAAAGGAGGAUAGCUAAGGCUACGACGGCUUUUUCUCGUGAAGGCCAGCGGCGGUGCUUGGAAAGUUAGAAGAAUUCCUUCUUGAAUACAUAUGAUCGCGUAAGGCCUCAGCACCCAUCAGAUACAGAAACGAAAUCCAACAGCGCAAUCUCAGUCAGCGGAAUCGAAAGCGACGGCCCAAGUUUUGUGAAGUUCAACCCCGCGACUUGUCGACGCCCGGAAGAGCGACGUCAAACACCAUGUGCAUCGCCCUGUUCCUAUGGCAGGCUCACCCUCUUUACCCAUUCUUCCUCCUGCACAACCGAGACGAAUACCACAGUCGACCGACGGAGCCAGUGGCGUGGUGGGACAAUGGCGAAAUCCUCGGAGGGAGAGAUGGUCUGGCCGGUGGGGCGUGGCUGGCUUGUUCGAGGGACGGCAAGAUUGCUUUCGUCACCAACGUCAGAGAAGUCGCCAAAGGCCCUCGCCUCAAGAGCAGAGGAGACUUGCCUGUUCGUUUCUUGGAGAGCAAGAUGAAUCCCACUGAGUUUGCAGAAGAGAUUGUGAGGGAGGCACAUCAGUAUAGCGGAUUUAACCUGAUACUAGUGGAUCUAUCUUCCAAAUCCAUGAUCUAUGUGACCAAUAGACCAAAAGAUGACAAGGUUCUCAUUUCAGAGGUUCCUCCUGGGAUCCACAUGCUAUCAAAUGCAAGUCUAGACACACCUUGGCCUAAGGCUGUUCUAUUGAGGAGCAAUUUUGAAAAGUUUGUGGAAAAAUACGGCACUGGUGAACUACCAGCGGAAGAUUUGGCCAAUAAACUGAUGACAGACACAACUAAGGCCGAUAAAGCAACGCUUCCCGGCAUUUAUUCCGUAGAAUUUGAGUAUUCACUCAGUUCAAUUUUUGUUGAGACAAAAACCAAGGAGGGAUGUUAUGGCACAAGGAGCAUAUCUGCUGUAUCAGUGAAGACAAGCGGGGAGGUUGCCUUUUACGAAAAAUACCUUGAGGGGGAAAGUUGGAAGGAGCACACGGUGAGUUAUAUGAUGGAGCGGAUGGGUACCAUCUGAAUGAUUUCUUCCCUUCGCUGUGCUGUGUCUGCAAUCUUCGUAAGUCAUUUUCUUGUCAAUACUCAUGAUGAAGCCUGAUACAGAGAAGUUAGAUUUAGCAACGAUGCACAAGAAGAUGUAAGCCCCACAUAAGCCCCACAACAAGGGCAAUGUUGUUCUAGGCAACUCGAACGAAUGAAUUGAAGUAAAAGAAAAGAAUCUGAUCUAGCUUUUCAAUCUUUAAAAGCA